ACCACGAAAUUGUUGACAGAUGUGUGCUGAGGCUCACUAUGGCGGUCGUUGGAGUUCUCACGCGAAUUUCGAGCUUUGUGAGAUGCAUCGGCAACUGAUUUUAGGCUUCUUUCAGAAAAACCUUGGGGUCCCUACAGUGACUUUUAUGGCCCGAGACUUGGAUGCCACGGCAUUAUUUCUACGUUGAUUGUCGUUUUUUAAUCCUCUCACUGGGCAGAAUCUUUGAACAUCUUCAUCUGCAUAUGCGCGAUAAGCCGGUGCCGCUAGAAGUUUCCGGGCAUCGGAGAGCUGGGGAAUUGGAGGGGAUAAAUUAGGAGAACAGGAUACGACGUGUAGGAGGCGGUAAAAGUUGCAGCGAUGGGGCGCGGAGGGGGAGGUGGAGGUGCCGCUGGGAUUGGCGGUACUGCCAUGGGGGCGCCAAUUGCUCCUGCCCAUGCCUCCAUCAAUUUUUCAAAGCGGCCCUUCAUUGAGGAUGUCGGACCCCGCAAGAUCGAGAGCAUUCGUUUUGGGACAAUGUCGAAGCAAGAUAUUGUCAAAGCUUCUGAGUUACACGUGUACGAGUCAAUGCUUUACACUAUGCCGGAAAGGAAUCCAGCUCCAUACUCAGUUGUCGACACUCGGCUGGGAACAACGAAUAAGAAGGGAGAGUGUUCUACUUGUUUUGGAAAGUUGGCCGAUUGCCCCGGGCACUUUGGACACACGAAGCUUGAGAUGCCAGUUUUUCACAUUGGUUAUCUUAAAAACAUUCUCCAAAUUCUGCAGUGCAUUUGCAAGUCAUGUGCCCGAAUUCUGAUGCCGGAGGAAGAAUGCAAAUUGAUUCUUCGCAAGAUGCGAAAUCCGCGGAUCGAGGUAUUGCAGAGGCGUGCAGUUUUGAAGAAGGUCAUCGAUAGGUGUAAGCGAGUGCGCGUUUGUACUCGUUGUGGAGAUUAUAACGGGGUGGUGAAGAAAAUGGCACAACCACCAGUAAAACUUAUUCAUGACAAGUAUGGCAAGGCUUUAGAUCUAAAAGAGGAGAUGAUUGUAUCACUGGAGGAUGCUAUGAAGUGCAAGCCAGAACUAAAGAAUUGUAUUAAUCGCGUUUAUGAUAACCUUGAUCCUAUGAGAGUGCUUCAGCUGUUUGAAUCUAUGAUUGAACAGGAUUGCGAGGUGCUUGAUUUAGCGGAAAGACCAGAAAAAUUAAUUGUAACGCAUUUGAUUGUGCCCCCGGUGGCCAUUCGACCUUCUGUGGAAAUGGAAUCCGCAGCUGGAAGCAAUGAAGAUGACAUUACAGUGCGGCUUUUGGGAAUCUUGAACUGCAACAAUUCUCUUCGUACCUGUGUGGAGCAAGGGUUGGCUGCAGAAAAAACAAUGGAAACCUGGGAACUACUUCAGUCACAGGUCUCACAAUUGAUCAACAGUGAAACACCAGUUCCUCGUUCUGAACAACCCACUUCUGGCAAGCAGCCUCGAGGUUUUGUGCAGCGUUUGAAGGGAAAACAGGGUCGGUUCCGUGGAAAUCUCUCUGGUAAAAGGGUUGACUUCACUGGCCGAACUGUUAUUUCACCAGAUCCAAAUCUGAAAAUCACGGAGGUUGCCGUCCCAUUGCUGAUGGCGCAGCUUUUAACCUAUCCAGAGAAGGUAUCUCGUUAUAACAUCGACAAAUUACGAGGGCGUAUUAUUAAUGGCAUGACAAAACAUCCUGGAGCCAACUUCAUAAUAUUUCCCGAUGGCAAUAAAUUGUACUUGAAGUUUGGUGAUCGAAGACGAUAUGCAGCUGAGCUCAAAUACGGUGACAUCGUAGAAAGGCAUCUGGAAGACGGAGAUAUUGUACUUUUUAACCGGCAACCUAGUCUGCACAGGAUGUCUAUCAUGUCACACAGGGCAAGAAUUAUGCCAUGGCGUACGCUUCGAUUUAACGAGUCCGUUUGUAACCCGUAUAAUGCUGACUUCGACGGUGAUGAAAUGAAUCUGCAUGUUCCUCAAACUGAGGAAGCCCGAACUGAAGCGCUGAUGCUUAUGGGGGUGGCCAACAAUUUGUGUACUCCUAAGAAUGGCGAGAUAUUGGUUGCUUCAACACAGGAUUUCUUGACAUCUUCUUACUUGUUCACAAGGAAGGACACUUUCUACGAUCGUGCUACAUUUACACAGGCAUGCGUUUACAUGGGGGAUGCAGCAGAAAAUAUUGACCUUCCAACUCCAAGCAUUAUCAAGCCCAUGGAGUUGUGGACAGGAAAGCAGCUUUUUAGCGUUCUCGUGCGACCAAAUGCUAAGACAAGGGUGUUUGUUAACUUGGUUUCGUAUGAGAAAAAUUACGAUAAAAAAGCCAAUAAAGGGUCCAUGUGUCCUACUGAUGGCUACGUUUAUUUUCGGAAUAGUGAGUUGAUAUGUGGGCAACUUGGCAAGGCUACAUUAGGGAAUGGUAAUAAGGAUGGCCUUUUCACUGUUCUCCUUAGAGACUAUGGCAAUGAAGCAGCUGCGGUUUGCAUGAAUAGGCUAGCAAAACUCAGUGCGAGGUGGAUUGGAAACCAUGGGUUUUCAAUUGGUAUUGAUGACGUGGCCCCUAGUGAUCGUUUGAAUCGAGAAAAGGAGAAGCAGAUUACAAAAGGAUAUAAUGCUUGUGAUCAACAUAUUCAGUUGUAUAAGAAAGGGAAAUUGGAGCUUCAGCCAGGUUGUAAUGCCGCUCAGACUCUUGAGUCUGCAGUCACAGGAGAGCUGAAUAAAAUUCGGGAGGCUGCUGGAAAUGUGUGUAAAGAUGAGUUACAUUGGCGCAACAGCCCGCUCAUCAUGUCGGAAUGUGGAUCUAAAGGUUCUUUCAUCAAUAUCAGCCAGAUGGUUGCUUGCGUCGGUCAGCAGUCUGUUGGAGGUAAACGUGCCCCUAAUGGAUUUAUUGAUCGGACGUUACCUCAUUUUCCAAGGCAUGAUCGAACACCUCAGGGCAAGGGUUUUGUUGCGAACUCCUUUUACAGUGGGCUCUCUGCUACUGAGUUCUUUUUUCACACUAUGGGUGGACGAGAGGGACUUGUGGAUACCGCAGUGAAAACAGCCGAAACUGGAUACAUGUCUCGUCGUUUGAUGAAAGCUUUGGAGGAUUUAUCUGCGCAGUAUGAUGGUACUGUACGAAAUUCGAGUGGAGGAAUAGUUCAACUUUUGUACGGAGAUGACGGUAUGGAUCCCGUAUACAUGGAGGGUAAAGAUGGAGCUCCAUUCAAUCUUGACCGGAUGCUCAUGAAAACUAAGGCAACAUGCCCUUCAUAUGGACAGCUCGGUCUCCCUCCUACUGAAAUUGAAAAGCUAUUCAAUGAGAGGCUUACAAAGCCAGAUAUGACUUCCGAAACAGUAGGCGCUUUCAAGACGUCAUUGAAAAAAUUCAUGGACUCUUGUAUCAAAGAUAACAUAUCAACACGGACCAAGCUGGGGUUGCCUCUUGACUGUAAUGGAGGUCCUGAUCAGACAUUGCUGGAAAGCACAGCUACCUACAUUUCUGGGCUUACCUCCCGGCAGCUGGAGGUGUUUCUGGAUACAUGUAUUAAAAGGUAUCAUAUGAAGCGUGUGGAGCCUGGCGCAGCUGUGGGAGCUGUUGGAGCGCAGAGUAUCGGAGAGCCUGGAACACAAAUGACUCUAAAAACUUUUCAUUUUGCUGGUGUGGCAAGUAUGAACAUUACACUUGGAGUGCCGCGAAUCAAGGAGAUCAUCAAUGCAUCGAAGAACAUCAGUACCCCCAUUAUCACCGCAGUACUCGUGAGCGGGAAUGAUGAGAAAGCAGCACGAAUUGUGAAAGGUCGCAUUGAAAAAACUACGCUUGGAGAGGUAGCGAAAAGCAUAAAGACAGUGCUGAGGGCUAGUCAAGCAAUUAUUUCAGUAAAGCUCGAUAUGAAACGAAUCGACGCACUUCAACUUGACAUCAAUUCUGACACUGUUGCACUGGCUAUUGUCCAAACUCCUAAAAUUAAACUCAAGCAUGUGAAUAUUAGAAUUGUGGAUCGCGACAAGCUUAUUGUCAUACCACCGGAUCAGGACAAGGGCAAGCUGUACUUUUACCUUCAUUCGCUUUGCAAUAUGCUCCCAAAAGUCAUUGUGAAGGGCAUACCAUCUGUUGAACGAGCUGUUAUCAACAAAGAAAAAGGUGUAUACAAUCUUCUAGUGGAAGGGACAAAUCUGAAGGCUGUUAUGGGCAUAUCUGGAGUUAAUGGGAAACUCACCAAGAGCAACCAUGUCAUAGAAGCAGAGCAGACGUUGGGAAUAGAGGCAGCAAGGAAUGUUAUCAUUGAUGAAAUUCAGUAUACUAUGGGCAGCCAUGGAAUGACCAUCGAUGCACGGCAUAUGAUGUUACUUGCCGACGUUAUGACAUACAAGGGUGAAGUUCUUGGAAUCACAAGGUUUGGUAUAGCAAAGAUGAAAGAUAGUGUGCUUAUGCUGGCAUCGUUCGAGAAGACCACUGACCACUUGUUUGAUGCUGCUAUUCACGGGCGUGUUGAUAAGAUCGAAGGUGUUAGUGAAUGUAUUAUCAUGGGAAUUCCGAUGCCCAUAGGAACUGGUCUUUUCAAGAUCCGCCAGAAGGUGGAGAAACUUCCGAAAUUGUCUUAUGGCCCUACGCCACUUUUGUCAUAACGUGUUGAAUCUAAGGAAAUCUUUAUUGUUGCAUCUAAGCAUCUUCUCAGUUGAAUCUGCUUUGACAGCACUGCAUACAAAUUAAUGCUUGUUGUACAAGUGGUUCCUCAUUGACUGGAGGUGAGUGAACUUCUGAGUGUACAGAUUACGGCUGUAGUAUUAGGCGAGGAUAGGACCAUUUCAUUUAUAAAUUUAACGAGAUUGCACAUGUGGAUUUGGGGAGGUGAUGAUAAGUAUUUUAGGUUGAACUAGGGUAUUCUUACACCUGAAAUAUUUCAGCAUAUAGAUGACUACUGGGAGUAGAUUAUUGUUACUAAUUUCUAGAUUUGAAAUCCAAAGGAAAGGAUUCACUUACUCCCUACAUUGGUACAUGGUUUUGGCCAGAUAUUGUGCUUGACGUGAGGCACAUAGGUUACAUCUAAUGGGCCUGUACAAGUCAGCUUAUGAUACUGAUUUAAUAAAUCGUUAUAGAUUCGAACCCUUACUUCA